GGCGGCGGGGGCGCGGCGGGCCCGGGGCGGCCGCGGGGGUCCUCGCCCGACCCCGAGCAGCGGCGGCGGCGGCGGCCCCGGGGAGCCCGCGCGGCGCCCGAGAGCCCCGGCCGGGACGCGGGGGAGCGCGGCGGGCGGCCGGCGACAAAGUUGAGCGCGGGCCGGCGGCGCGGAUGGUGGGCGCUCCUGGCGCUGCAGCUGCACUUGCUCCGGGCGCUGGCUCAAGAUGAUGUUGUGCCAUAUUUUAAAACGGAGCCAGGCUUACCCCAGAUUCACCUGGAAGGCAACCGCCUUGUUCUUACUUGCCUUGCAGAAGGGAGUUGGCCUUUGGAGUUUAAGUGGAUGCACAAUGACAGUGAGCUCACCACCUAUACCAGCGAAUAUAAGUAUAUUAUCCCGUCUUUACAGAGGCUUGAUGCUGGGUUUUACCGCUGUGUGGUGCGGAACAGGAUGGGAGCUCUCUUGCAGAGAAGAUCAGAAGUUCAAGUCGCAUAUAUGGGAAAUUUCAUGGAUACAGACCAGAGGAAAACAGUGUCUCAAGGACAUGCAGCGGUGCUCAACUUACUGCCCAUCACCAGCUGCCCGAGGCCACAAGUGACUUGGUUCAGAGAAGGGCACAAGAUCAUUCCCAGCCACAGAAUAGCCAUCACGCUGGAAAAUCAACUGGUGAUCCUUGCUACGACAGCGGGGGACACCGGGGCUUACUAUGCACAGGCCGUCAAUGAGCGAAAUGGAGAGAACAAGACCAGCCCACUCAUUCACUUGAGCAUCACGAGAGAUGUUGACACACCCGAAACCAUGGCUCCCGUCAUUGUGGUCCCCCCUGGCAACAGAAGCGUGGUGGCUGGGUCCAGCGAAAUCACCUUGGAAUGCAUAGCCAAUGCCAGGCCCAUCCAAGAGCUGCAUGUAAACUGGAAGAGGAACGGGGUGAGGAUCAGUGGUGGGCUCCACAGCUUUGGGAGGCGCCUCACCAUCGGCAACCCGACGUCUGCAGACACUGGGCUGUACGUCUGUGAGGCAACGCUGAGUGGGAGCACCUUCGACGCAGCCACAGCGAAAGCCUUUCUGUCUAUCAUAGAGCCACCGUAUUUCACUGCUGAGCCCGAGAGUCGGAUUUUAGUGGAAGUGGAAGAAACUGUGGACAUCGUGUGUCGAGCCAUGGGAGUCCCUCUUCCCACCCUCCAGUGGUACAAGGAUGCCAUCUCCAUCAGCAAGCUCCAGAAUCCCCGAUACAAGAUGCUUUCAAGCGGAGGCCUGCGCAUCCAGAAGCUGCGCCCAGAGGACUCCGGGAUCUUCCAGUGCUUUGCCAGUAAUGAAGGAGGGGAGAUCCAGACCUACACCUACCUGGAUGUCACCAAUGUUGCUCCAGCAUUUACUCAGCUUCCUGUGGACACCACGGUUACCGAUGGGAUGACAGCCACUCUGAGGUGUGAGGUAUCCGGGGCCCCCAAACCUGCCAUCACGUGGAAGAGAGGAAAGCAUAUUUUGGCCAGUGGCUCUGUGCGGAUUCCUAGGUUCAUGCUUCUGGAGUCUGGGGGUCUGCAGAUUGCCCCCGUCUCCAUCCAGGAUGCUGGCAACUAUACCUGCUAUGCAGCCAACAUGGAAGGGUCCCUGAAUGCGUCUGCAGCACUGACCGUAUGGAAUCGCACGUCCAUCAUUAACCCUCCUGAGGACCGCGUGGUGAUUAAGGGGACCACAGCCACACUGCGCUGCGGAGCCACUCACGACCCCCGGAUCGCUCUCCGCUAUGUCUGGAAGAAGGACAACACAGUCAUCACUCCAUCUAGCAGUUCCAGGAUUGUGGUGGAGAAGGACGGCUCCCUCCUCAUUAGUCAGACGUGGUCGGGUGACAUCGGAGACUACACCUGUGAAAUCAUCUCUGAGGGAGGGAAUGACUCCAGAACCGCCCGGCUGGAGGUGAUUGAACUGCCUCACUCACCUCAGAACCUGCUGGCCACCCUGAACUCUUCCCACAGCCACACCGUGAUGCUGUCCUGGGUUCGACCCUUUGAUGGAAACAGCCCGGUGCUCUAUUACAUUGUGGAGCUAUCUGAGAACAACUCUCCAUGGAAAGUACAUCUGUCAAAUGUCGGCCCUGAGAUGACAGGCGUCACCGUGCGUGGACUGACUCCAGCUCGCACCUAUCAAUUCAGGGUGUGUGCUGUGAAUCAAGUGGGCAGGGGCCAGUACAGCGCAGAGACAAGCAGGUUGAUGUUACCUGAAGAGCCACCCAGUGCUCCCCCAAAGAAUAUCGUGGCCAGUGGGCGUACCAAUCAGUCCAUCAUGGUCCAGUGGCAGCCGCCCCCAGAAACAGAGCACAAUGGGGUGCUGCGUGGGUACAUCCUCAGGUACCGCCUGGCUGGCCUGCCAGGAGAGCACCAGCAGCGCAACAUCACCAGCCCAGAAGUCAACUACUGCCUGGUGACAGAGCUGAUCAUCUGGACGCAGUAUGAAAUCCAGGUGGCAGCCUACAACGGGGCAGGCCUGGGCGUCUUCAGCAGGGCCGUGACCGAGUACACCCUACAAGGAGUGCCUACUGCGCCCCCACAGAACGUGCAGAUGGAAGCUGUGAAUUCCACAACCAUCCAGUUUCUCUGGAAUCCCCCACCUCAGCAGUUCAUCAACGGCAUCAACCAGGGAUAUAAGCUCCUGGCGUGGCCAGCUGAAGUCCCCGAGGCCACCACAGUGGUCACCAUUGCACCAGAUUUCCACGGAGUCCAUCACGGGUAUAUAACAAAUCUGAAGAAGUUCACUGCUUACUUCGCAUCAGUUCUGUGUUUCACCACUCCAGGGGAUGGGCCUCCAAGCACACCUCAGCUCAUAUGGACUCACGAAGAUAAACCAGGUGCUGUGGGACAUCUGAGUUUCACGGAGAUUCUGGACACAUCUCUAAAGGUCAGCUGGCAGGAGCCCCUGGAGAAGAAUGGAAUCAUUACAGGCUACCAGGUUUCCUGGGAGGUGUACGGUAGGAACGGCUCUCGGCUCACCCACACCCUCAGUAACACAACUCAUGAGUACAAAAUCAAAGGGUUGUCGUCACUCACCACCUACACCAUUGAUGUGGCUGCUGUCACCACUGCGGGAGCCGGCCUGGCAACCUCAUCCACCAUUUCUUCUGGAGUUCCCCCAGAGCUCCCUGGCGCCCCAUCCAAUCUGGUCAUUUCCAACAUCAGCCCCCGCUCAGCCACACUUCAGUUCCGACCAGGCUACGAUGGGAAGACCUCCAUCUCCAGGUGGAUCGUAGAGGGCCAGGUUGGAGCCAUCGGUGAUGAGGAGGAGUGGGUCAGCCUCUACGAGGAGGAGAACGAGCCUGAUGCCCAGACGCUGGAGAUCCCAAACCUCACGCCCUAUACUCAUUACAGAUUUCGAAUGAGGCAGGUGAACAUUGUCGGUUCCAGCCCCGUCAGCCAAUCAUCCCGGGUCAUCCAGACACUGCAGGCGCCCCCUGACGUGGCUCCCACCAGUGUCACUGUGAGAACAGCCAGCGAGACCAGCCUACGGCUCCGCUGGGUGCCCCUGCCCGAUUCCCAGUACAACGGGAACCCCGAGUCAGUGGGCUACAGGAUUAAGUACUGGCGCCCCGACCUCCAGGCUCCGUCACUCACACAAGUCAUCAACGACCGGCUGGAGAGGGAGUUCACCAUCGAGGGGCUGGAGGAGUGGACGGAGUACGAGCUCCAGAUGCAGGCAUUCAACGCCAUCGGGGCCGGGCCCUGGAGCGCGGCAGUGCGGGGCCGCACGCGGGAGUCAGUUCCUUCAGCGGCCCCUGAAAACGUGUCUGCAGAGGCUGUCAGCUCCACCCAGAUUUUACUGACGUGGGCUUCAGUGCCCGAACAGGACCAGAACGGGCUCAUACUGGGCUACAAGGUUCUGUUCCGGGCCAAAGAUCUGGACCCCGAGCCCCGCAGUCAUGUUGUGCGAGGGAACCACUCACAGUCGGCACUGCUGGCAGGUCUUCGGAAGUUUGUGCUGUAUGAGCUCCAGGUACUGGCAUUCACCCGCAUCGGGAACGGAGUCCCCAGCUCUCCCCUCAUCCUGGAGCGGACCAAGGAUGACGCCCCAGGCCCACCAGUGAGGCUUGUGUUCCCAGAAGUGAGACUCACGUCCGUGCGGAUCGUGUGGCAGCCGCCGGAGGAGCCCAAUGGCAUCAUUCUGGGGUACCAGAUCGCCUACCGCCUGGCCAGCAGCAGCCCUAACACAUUCACCACGGUGGAGGUGGGCGCCACAGUGAGGCAGUUCACGGCCACCGAGCUGGCCCCGGAGUCGGCGUACGUCUUCAGGCUGUCGGCCAAGACGAGGCAGGGCUGGGGGGAGCCACUGGAGGCCACCGUCAUCACCACUGAGAAGAGAGAGCGACCGGCACCCCCCCGGGAGCUCCUGGUGCCCCAGGCAGAAGUGACUGCACGCAGCCUCCGGCUCCAGUGGGUCCCGGGCAGCGACGGGGCCUCCCCAAUUCGCUACUUCACGGUGCAGGUGCGAGAGCUGCCCCGCGGAGAGUGGCAGACCUACUCCUCGUCCAUCAGCCACGAGGCCACCGCCUGUGCUGUCGAAAGGCUAAGGCCCUUCACUUCCUACAAGCUGCGCCUGAAAGCCACCAAUGAUAUUGGGGACAGUGACUUCAGUGCCGAGACGGACGCAGUCACCACACUGCAGGACGUUCCGGGAGAGCCUCCAAGCUUCAUCUCUGUGACCCCGCACACCACCUCCUCUGUUCUGAUCCAGUGGCGGCCUCCUAGAGACGAGAGCCUGAACGGCCUUCUUCAGGGAUACCGGAUCUACUACCGGGAGCUGGAGUCAGAGGCAUCCGCAGCCACUGUGUCCAAGACACUCAAAACCCCUUCGGCUUUACGGGCCGAGCUCACAGCCCAAAGCAGCUUCAAGACCGUGAACAGCAGCUCCACGUUAACGACAUAUGAAUUAACACAUCUGAAGAAAUACCGGCGCUACGAGGUCAUCCUGACAGCCUACAACAUCAUCGGCGAGAGCCCGGCUAGCGCGCCUGUGGAGGUGUUCGUUGGCGAGGCCGCCCCGGCCAUGGCCCCGCAGAACAUCCAGGUGACCCCGCUCACGGCCAGCCAGCUGGAGGUCACGUGGGACCCGCCGCCCCCGGAGAGCCAGAAUGGGAACAUCCAGGGCUACAAGGUUUACUACUGGGAAGCAGGGAGCCAGAACGAAACAGAGAAGAUGAAGGUCCUUUUCCUGCCGGAGACGAUGGUGAAGCUAAAGAACCUGACCAGCCACACCCAAUACCUGGUCAGCAUCUCGGCCUUCAAUGCCGCCGGAGACGGGCCCCAGAGUGACCCCAGGCAGGGGCGCACCCAUCAGGCUGCUCCUGGGACCCCCAGCUUUUUGGCGUUCUCAGAAAUAACAUCUACCACACUUAAUGUCUCCUGGGGCGAACCAGCGGCAGCCAACGGCGUCCUGCAGGGCUAUCGAGUGGUCUACGAGCCCUUAGCGCCUGUCCAAGGGGUGAGCAAGGUGGUAACAGUGGAUGUGAACGGGAACUGGCAGCGCUGGCUGAAGGUGCGGGACCUCACCAAAGGAGUCACCUACUUUUUCCGCGUGCAAGCACGGACCAUUGCCUACGGGCCCGAGCUGCAAGCCAAUGUCACGGCCGGGCCAGCUGAGGGCUCUCCGGGCUCCCCCAGAGAUGUCUUGGUCACGAAGUCUGCCUCUGAACUGACCCUGCAGUGGACCGAGGGAAACGCAGGCAGGACACCCACCACUGGCUACGUCAUCGAGGCCAGGCCCUCAGAUGAAGGCCUAUGGGAUAUGUUUGUGAAGGACAUCCCCCGGAGUGCCACAUCCUACAGCGUCAGCCUGGACAAGCUCAGGCAGGGAGUGACUUAUGAGUUCCGGGUGGUGGCCGUUAACCAGGCGGGCUACGGGGAGCCCAGCAGCCCCUCCAUGGCCGUGUCAGCUCAAGUGGAAACCCCGUUCUACGAGGAGUGGUGGUUUCUCCUGGUGAUGGCGCUCUCCAGCCUGAUAGUCAUCCUGCUGGUGGUGUUUGCCCUGGUCUUGCACGGACAGAAUAGAAGAUACAGGAGCUGCAGCACAGGUAAGAGCAUCUCCAACAUGGAGGAGUCUGUGACCCUGGACAACGGGGGGUUUGCUGCCUUGGAACUCAACAGCCGUCACCUCAAUGUCAAAAACACCUUCUCGAAGAAGAAUGGGACCAGGUCCCCGCCCCGGCCCAGCCCCGGCGGGCUGCACUACUCAGAUGAAGACAUCUGCAACAAGUACAACGGAACUGUGCUGACCGAAAAUGCCAACCUCAAGGAGAAGUCGGUGGAUGCUUCAGAAUCAGAGGGCACCGACUCCGAGUCCGAGGAUGUGCCCCCCCAGCACUCCUUCGUCAACCACUACAUGAGUGACCCCACCUACUACAACUCGUGGAAGCGGCGGGCCCCGGGCGGGCGUGCCCCGCACAGGUACGAGGCAGUGGCGGGCGGCGAGGCGGGGCCGCACCUGCACACGGUGGUCACCACGCAGAGCGCCGUGUUCGCGCCCGCGGGCCCCGGCGCCAGGACUCCACUCACCGGCUUCUCCUCCUUCGUGUGACGGCCCCAGCGGGGGCCCUCCGCGGACCUCCCAGCCUACUUUUGUUAAGACAAUCAACUCCAAUAACUGAGCUCAAGCUUUUGUUUAAAAAGAAUUCUGAUAAGUGAUGAUUUUACCUACUUGUGGACACUAGAUUUCAAUUAGAAAGGUUUUUUUAACGGCUUUUUGUAACAUCGCUGCAGGAAGCGGGUUUCUUUGUUUUCUUUUCUUUUUACGAGAAGGUGUAUUUCAGUGGUGCAAUGGCGGGAAGACCUCAGACACCCCCCCCCCCCAGCCCUGGGUUUGUCCACCCCGAUGCCCAACUAGGGAGGCUACGGGGGAGGAAGAGCAGGGGUCCAGGGAGCUGUCUGCCCGCGUCCAGGCCACUCCUUCCUCUUCUCCACCUCCUGUGCCUCCGGAGAACCAGCUGCGCCGGGGUCCCCAUUGGUGACACCCCUGGCUGGGCUCUCGCUGCCUCCUGGGGUCCGCAGAGCGAAGUCUGCGCUGGGCUCAGCGCUUUUCCACCCGACAGCAUCCACCUCCAAAAUAUUCUCCCCCACAGUUUCUAGGCAAGAAAUCAGCUGUCAAGUUCCCGGCGAGGGGGCCAGAGCUCGUGAGGUGGGGUCCUCUGACUCGGUGACAACUCAGUGGUUGGCACCCUGUGUCAUUCCCGUGGUGAACUAUCCGGCCUUCUUUUCUUCCUUUCUUCCCUUAAACCCGACGGUGCAGAGCAGAAAACCACCCCCAGGGCUGGCAGGCGCCCCGCCGGCCCUCACCUAGCAAGCUAGCUCCUUCCGGAGAACACAGCACACAGCCAACCCCGCUAACCCAGAGAGAACAAGACGGCGCUUGCAGAAUUGCUUGUUGUGUAAGAGGUGUGCAUUGUUAACCAGAGUAUUUUUUAAAUCUUUUUAUCUUUUUUUAAAAUAUGUCACAUGAAAUGAAUGAGUCUCUGCUGUCUCCAGGUGCCUUUUUAUUAAUUGUUUAGCUUUGUACAUGAGAAAGACGAAAAGCGUCAGUGUCUCCAAAUAAAGCAAAACAGCUCUGAGCAAACGAGGCCCCGAACUGCCCCCCUGGCCAGGCCUGCAGCGCACGUGGGCGCCGGCCUUCCUCUGGCACAGCCGCGGGCUCCCCACCCUGCCCGCUGCCCGCUGCCCAACCCCAGGCUGCUGCUCUCUCCUCCCUGACCCCAGCCCAGCUUUUAGCCUUAACUGGUUUUCUGGAAAUGUUUUUCCCCCCUUUGCUAUUGUUUUGUUUCAGUUUUUCAGCUACAUGAAAAUAGCAUGAACUACGUUGCAAAUUUGAAAGUCCAAACUGUAGCUGCGGCUCCAGCCAACACAUUAUUCUUGUGAGAGGUGUCUGACGGGGCUGAGGAGCAGGUGGCGGACCCGACAGGCCUGAGCCUAGGUUCGGGUGUACGCGGUGUGGUGCUGGUGCCAGCAGGAGUGCGCCCAGAGCUCGGGGGGCCGGGCUCUCGCCAGCGGGAGUGGGGCCAUGACAGUGCCCAACCACUCUGUGGACACCCCCAAGGCCGAGGGCAACAAGGCAGGUGCAGUCUUCCUGAGUGGCCUGCCAACGCCCUGAGGGUGGGGGAGCCUGUGUCGUGGCCACGUGGACAGCCUGUGGCGUCUACUCGACUGUAUUCCUUCUAUAGCUCCACAGGGCCCCCUGCUUUCAGAGCGGCCUCCUGUGGCUCCAGGAGACCAAGGAGAGUUUUGUGGUGGGUGAAAAGCCCCUUUUCAGUUUUUCCAAAACAAGAGGGUGUGGAAGGGUUCCUUUCCUUCUCUCUCCCCCCACUCCUUUUCCUUCCUUCUCUCUGUCCUGCCUUCUUUCUCUGAGUGGAGGCGGAAAUAUUCUAAACCAAAAAUCCUCGAUGCUCUGCCCAAAGCCACUUGUGUGUGAGAAUCACUGCCCACAGUUCACCGGCCAGGACGCGCCCUGGGUUCAAGGCGCUCCUUCCUCUCGGCCCCCAAGUCAGCGGCCAAGGGGGCAGGAAACGGCAAGGCUUACAAACUGAGCUUCUUGGAAGACAGGCGCCCAGUGGAGAACGCGGACAAACACCGCCUUCCGUGCACUUCGCUCUCUAAGCCAUAUGAACUUUGCUUUAAACCAUGGGGGAAGAGUGUUAUGACGUGUUGGAAUGAGGACGAUUUGGUUUGAGGUGUGUUCUUUGCUUUGGGGAUUUUGCGACGACACGACACCUUUUUUUUCAGGUUCAUUCUAUUUUCCGUGCUUUCUCUACCUUCCCUGAACUCACUUUGUGUGGAACCGUCUGUCUGAGUCUGCACUGGCUGCUUAUGGACUGUUGGCAUCUGCGCUCCAGCCCAGCCCUUGGCCCUCGGCAGACUGCUCCAAAGGAAGAGCAGGUGCUCGCAGUGAGGCUUGUGCCUCCCCGAGCAGUAUGCACAUGGACCAGUGUCACUUCCCAGCCUCUCACCUUUACUUCAGGGAGGAAAAAAAUACAUCACACGAACGAACCACAUUUCUUUAACUAAGACAACAUGAAAUGUCCUCUUCUUGCCGCCUUCUGUAGUGACAUCACUCAGGGGCCCCACAGGGAGCAGUGGCUUAGCCCCCAUCCCAUGCCCACCCUCGUAUGGGCCAUUGGACAUUGUGCUGACGGCUGAGCUGCCCUUCCCGUGUGAGGGUGGGCCAGCAAAGUGGCCCGGGGAGGCCGUGCUCUCUGUGGGGGCUGCAGGGCUGGGCAUGCACGGGGCCGGCCCUCUCUGCCAGGCACCAGGGCACCACUCCCCAGACAGGUGAGUGGCAGGGGCAGCUAUGGGCAUUAAGCACAUCGGCAUGGCCUCGUGCACCUCCCCCUGGAUAAAUCAGCCCAAACCGAACCCCCAUCUCCUCCAGCCUUCCCUUCCGCUUCUCUCACUGCCAUGCUUUAAGGAGUGCUGAAUGAAAUGUCUUAGCAGAGGACGGUGUGGCCUAGGGCACUGUGGGGGCCCACACCCCCCAAAAGCGAUGGAAGUGGCCCUCUGCCAGGUACAACUUCCACGCCGCCGGGAGGAAGGGUCACGUGCACGCUCUGUAAACUUCUUUUGAUGCUGUGCUUGUACUUGAUCACGACUGGAUUGAAGCAUGGUGUUUGCGCAAUGGAACGUAGCAUGGUUUCUAGUUUUUACAAAUCCUUGGCACACAGUGUAGUUACUCUCCCAAUGAGCAAUCCAUCCGCGUAUCCCAAUCGGGCUCUCCUUAGGGCAGCAUCCCUAUAGCAUUGAUCGGGUCAGGAAGGCAGAAACACUGUAGCCACCCGUGAACUGAGCUAGUCUGCCAAGGCAUGCCUCAUCUCCUCUCAACGUCGUCGCCUUCUGGGUUCUCUAGAGCUUAGGUCAGUCCUGAAGUUUUCCGACAAUGUUUUCUGGAAUUCUGCAGAAAACCAGAUGUCCUUUAAAAAAAAAAAAAAAAAAAAAAAGGAAAAAGAAAAAAAAAUCUUGUAGGAAGACAGAGAGGUGCUAUGGGUAUGAUUUUUAAUAAAAACAUCAUUUUGU